CCUUUUCUACCCCGCAUAUCCUCUCUUCCUUUAAACAACCGUCGGAGGGGUUUUCCAAAAGUCACUUUCGCAUACUACGGCACCUCCGUCUCUCCCCGCGCUUCUUCUCCCCUCUUUCCUUCUCGCCCCCCUCCCCUCCUUCUCCUUCCUCAGUACCGCCCCGAAUGACACAACAGAAGACCAUUGCCGUCGUGAACGCGACGGGUCGACAGGCCGCUUCCCUCAUCCGCGUUGCUUCCGCCGUUGGCCAUCAUGUACGAGCUCAGAUUCAUUCACUCAAAGGUAUCAUUGCGGAGGAACUGAAGAGUCUACCAAAUGUCACCCUGUUCCAAGGUCCUUUGCUCGACAAUGUACCCCUGAUGGACGCCCUCUUUCAAGGAGCCAAUCUGGCCUUCAUCAAUACGACGUCACAAUCAGGCGAUGAGGUCGCAAUCGGACGUGCGCUCGCUGAUGCAGCCAAACGGGCGGGAACCAUUCAACACUACAUCUACAGCAGCAUGCCAGAUCACUCGGUUUACGGACCCUGGCUGCCCGUACCGCAAUGGGCGCCCAAGUUCACUGUCGAGAAUUACAUCCGGCAACUAGGACUUCCGGCAACCUUUGUCUACGCCGGAAUUUACAACAACAACUUCACCAGUCUACCCUACCCGCUUUUCCAGAUGGAACUCAUGCCCGAUGGGAGCUUCGAAUGGCACGCACCAUUCGACCCGGACACUCCGUUGCCAUGGUUGGAUGCGGAGCAUGAUGUUGGUCCGGCGCUGCUACAGAUUUUCAAGGAUGGCCCCAAGAAAUGGCACGGCCACCGAAUUGCCCUGACCUUUGAAACUCUUUCCCCCAACCAAGUGUGCGCAGCAUUCUCACGAGCCUUAAAUCGUCCGUGCCACUAUGUUCAUGUGCCUAAGGUCGAGGUCAAAGUGAAUAUCCCUCCUGGAUAUCGAGAACAGCUGGAGGCGAUUGAGGAAGUCUUUGGACAGUGCAAUGCGCCUUACUUCCCGCAGCCCGAAUUCUCCAGUCCCGCAGCAGGUUCCCCCAAGGGCUUGGGCCCGGCCAAUGGAAAAGGCGCCGGCGCUGGCAUGAUGCAGGGUCCCGGAGGGGUCGUAUCGCUGAGAGUCACCGACGAGGCUCGGCACCUGUGGGAGGGUUGGCGCGAUAUGGAAGAAUAUGCGCGCGAGGUCUUUCCGAUCGAAGAGGAGGCCAACGGAUUGGACUGGAUGCUGUAACUGGGAGAUUUUUUUUCUCUCGGUCAGAUACACUCCAACCGGUUUAGGGGGCAGUCGCACAGACAUCGCGGCUUUCUGACGCUAUCGGAGCACGCCACGAUUGGUCCGAUAUGCUUGCAGGCCCCCUUCGCUCUCCCCUCCUGUUUUACUCUUUCCCCUGUCACCCCUUGUUUUCUCUUUUAUUAAUAGCAUUAACGGCGAAUCGGCCCGGGUCUUAUCGUUGAAAAGUACCCUAAUG